ACGCGGGCGCAGUGUCGGCGGAGCCGGAGCCGACCCGGCAGCGGCGGCGGCACGCGACACGGGGCCACCAGAGUCAGCACGGCCGGACUGGAGCUACUCGGGUCCACACAACCAGAUAACGGACGACCGACCGAAGAGGCGACCUGCUACCCAACUAACCAACCAACUCAUCGCCGAUCUAAUCCUAUCCAGUCGAGCGAUCCAGACCACGCAUAUAACGAACGAACGAACCAGCCGAACAACCGACCUGCCAACCCAUCAACCAGCUGAUCAGUCAAUCAACCCAGCCACUCAAAACCAAAUUGUACUUGGGAGUGAGACUCAGGGAAGAACUCGAGGGGCAUGGAAGAGGGACUGCCUGUUCGAGGACAGGUGAGGGCACGGACGGUGUGACGUCUAUUGGACCGUGGUGCCUGGGCCAAGUCGGCACAAAGCGGCCCCUGCCGAAGUUGAACACCACGUGACUGCCUCGACAAAUCUACGAACGGUGACUGGCGUAACGCAGGUGACGACAGUUUGCUGCCCACUGCGCAAGCCCGGCUGUCUGCCAGGCUGUGGACAGGUGGUCAGCUGAUAUGUACGGUCUCAUCCACAGCUGCGUCAAGGAGUGGGUACUGAACAACUACGGCAAGAACAAGUGGAAGGAAAUACUAGAAAUAUCGGGCGCCGACGACGAGCAGACCUUUCUCAACUUCCAGUGCUACCCAGACAAAGCCACGCUCGACUUCAUAGUCAUCGUCGUUGCUCACCUAGGCAUCAGCUUAGAAUACUUCCUGGAGGGCGUUGGCGUGCACUUUGUCGACUUUACCAUCGAAAAAGGGUAUGGUGAAAUGCUCCAUACACUCGGCAGAAACUUCCACGCAUUUUUGGAUAACCUCGACUACUUGCACUGCUACCUGAUGACUACCGCCUUCCCCGGGAUCGUGAUGCCGUCCUUCGCCUGCACUGAGGACCAGAAUGAUCCAAACGUGCUGUACGUGGACUACUACUCCCGGAGAGAGGGGCUCCAGGCGCUAGCCAUAGGUGCGUUACGGGGAUGCGCGAAAAAUUUUUACAAUUUGGCCGUUCGGUUUGAAGUCAUCUUUACGACGGAGGAAAAAAUAAAUGAAACAGACACCGUCCAUCACGUCAGAUUCAAGGUGACCCAGCUGGGUCGGCUCGAUUCACCGUCACUGGCCCUGGCCGAAACGGAGCGCGUCACCAGCCCGGCCUCGGUCGAAGUGGCGCCCUCCUCGCUGGCACCGCCCAACGUCAACUUCAUCAGCACGGCCGAGUUCUCCGCCAUCCACCCCUACCACUUCAUCUUCGAUAAGAACCUGAGCGUGAAACAGUACGGGUUCGGCAUCGGCGUGUUGUGCCCGAGCGUCCGAUCGUUCCCGGCUGUGAACGACUUGAUGGACCUCGUCUGGCCGUACACCACGCUCAGCUACGAGAACGUCGAACGCUUCAAGAACCUGGUGUUCCAGUUCGCCGUCACCAACGGCACCAAAAAGACUGAGGGCACCGUUCUGCGAGGCGAGCUGGUAUUCCUGGUGAAUGAUCUGGUGCUCUUCUUGGGGAACCCGAUGGUUAACAGUCUAAAGGAGCUGGCCGACCGUUCACUGAAGAUCUCCGACAUCCCGCGCUCCGACUCAACUCGAGAACUGAUCCUGCUGAAGCAUCAGCGGAGUACAGAGUUUGACCUCAUGCAGCGGCUGGAGGCGACAACGGCCGAGCUGAAGCGGACGGCCGCCGCGCUGGAGCGGGAGAAGGAGAAGACGGACCGGCUGCUGCACAGCAUGCUGCCGCCCGAGGUGGCGCACAAGCUGAAGGGCGGCAGUCACGUGCAGGAGGCGUUCGAGAGCGCCACAAUUUUGUUCAGCGACAUCGUGACAUUCACGGUGAUAGCCUCCAAGUGCGAGCCCCAUCAGAUUGUGAUGCUGCUCAACGAAAUGUACACGCGGUUCGAUGCGGCCACCGAGAGCAACUGCGUGUACAAGGUGGAGACGAUCGGCGACGCGUACAUGGUGGUGGGCGGGAUCCCCACACGGGCGCCGGACCACGCCACGCGCGUGGUAGGCCAGGCAAUCGACAUGGUCCGACUGGCACGCGAGGUGGCUCACCCCUUGACUGGAGAACCGGUCCAGAUCCGGGUGGGCGUGCACACGGGCCCGGCCGUGGCCGGCGUGGUGGGCCAGAAGAUGCCCCGCUACUGCCUGUUCGGUGACACGGUGAACGUGGCCAGCCGGAUGGAGUCGCACGGCGUGCCCGGUCGCAUCCACAUCAGCGCCAACUGUAAACGGAAGCUAGAAGCGGAGAAGAGCAACGAGUUCAUCCUGGAGCCACGCGGCCCGACGGAGAUCAAGGGGAAGGGCCUGAUGGAGACGUUCUUCGUGUGCACGCCGUUCGACCCGUGCCCGCCGCCGAACCAGAAGAUCCAGGUCGGCGGUUCCAAACGGAAGAAUGGAACGCUGCGGCGGCGGGAGAGCGGGGUGUGUCACAUGCAGUGAAGGUCGCGGCACUGAGAACAUGACAGAGCCCGGCACGGCACCGCGUGCAGUGGUCCAUAGCGGGUGGUAGCAAUAUCUUUUUUCUUUUGUCACUGAGUGUGUUGACAUGGCUUGCUUAAUGAGGCACCAUAGAAUGUCCAAAAAGAAUUCGAUGAGCAUUUUCAAAAUCGCGUGCUUCGCCGGGCGCAGCAGCCGAGUAGUUAUCAUUUUUGGCUCCUCCGUUUGAGCUCGGGUUCACAUUGAUGUAACGCCGUGGUCCCUUAUCGCCACCAUGGCCCAGCGGUCGCUGCAGCUCCAUAACAAGGAGUUAAACCUGUUAUGCCCACAUUCAGACAUUUUAACCCAAACAAGACGAUGUUCAAUGGUUUGAUUUUUUCUUAGUGGUUAAAAAUGGCAAACUGUUAAACAAAUAUAGACGAACUGUUUGAAAUAUAGAAGAACCUUCAAAGGCAACUAGCAGGACGACUCCAUGGAAACGUAUUUAGCUCCCUGAAAUCUCAUACGCGUAGUGGCCAGCGACAUUUUGCCUUAUUUAGUAUUUUGUUUUCUUCUUGUGCCACCCUCUUCAGAGACUUAAACAGUGCAUCUGCAUAAGGCGUAAAUUUUUAGAUGCGUCAUAACAUCUUGACAUGCAUUGAUGUCGGAUUCGUGAAAAUGCGUACCUGGUACUGUGUGCAUAGUUGAUUUCAUGUAAUUAACGAUCUGGUUGCGAGGGGGUCGCAGACUUUGAGUAAUGUGCGACUGUGAUGCGGAGAAUCACCGAUUUGUUGUUCGCAUUUCAUCACGAGUGUUUUGGGGCAUGUCAAUGUUACCGCCUGGCUCUGGACUCCUAGAGGGUCGCUGCCAGGCAACAAGGCCCACGGUCAAUGUGGCCUCCGUUGGUGAGCGACACGGCACUUCGUGUUUUUCGCACCAGCACGGCGUCGUUGGGUAUGAACUGCACUGCAGACGUCAGCUCGUCUCGGAAAUAGCGGCCGGUCAUCUCCGCUCUCGGCCGGCCGGCUGCGUAUUGCGGCUAGAAACGGUCUCGCUCCCCAGCGGCUGGCAUCAUUCUUUGGCCUGCUGAACGAAGAGCUCCUCUUAUUGCAUUAUUUGCGACCGUACUCCCAAGGGUAUUCAUUUUCCUGCUCCUGAUUUGAUUUCGUUUAUGAUACCAAUAUCAUGUUGAGGAGGAAUGUCUUGUUACGGACGCUCUUGCUACCGCAGUUUCUCAUAACAUCACAUGCUGUACGGUGUUUGUUUUUAGUUGAGCCGGUUCCAAUAGUUACUAUUCAGUUUGCAAUUACGUGUUCAGAGAACUUAAACACGCCUCACUCGACCAUCGAUAUUUAGUGCGCUGGCCCGUCCUGCCCUCGCUGCGCUAGAGUGAUAUCGCGAGUGUGCACACAAACGUUCUCACGCGCUGUGGGCGAAGCCAGGAAUAAAAAAGGCGACGCAUUUGCUAAAACUCAAGUUGGACCCCGGGGUUGAGAAACCAGCCCGCUGUUUUUAAAAGAACAUGUGUUCGUGGAGGGACAAUUGGGACAAUCGUGUGCGACAAUUCAAAGGUGAGGUGCUCUAUGGAAGUACUUCACUUCCCCGGAACGGGAAGCCUCCUGCCGCGUCUUUGAUGCGAUAAAUGCAGUGAUCUCGAUGUCUCAGGCGGUCCCGAGCGGUCGUUUGAGUACCGCCUCUGUUUGCUAAUUGUUUCGACGGAUGUUCCGUGACUCCUGGUGUCAUUCGCUUUCAUGGUGAUUGAUAAUCAAAACGAAUCGCUCACACGUAGCACACAAUACCUCCCGUGGGUGCAAAGCUCUGAUUUGCGGAGCCAUUGCCGGCAUUGCGGUCGCAUCGAGUCAUCUUGACAUGCCAGGUGUCAUCUGCUAGGGACAUAUAUAAUAUCAAUGACACGCAUCGUUUCAUUUCCUGGGCAUCUGUUCGUCUCACCGCGCCACCCGUGUCCGUGUUAUCUGUAUCUAUAGUCUUAAAUGUGCAGGAUCUGACACGGAAUGCAUUGUGACAUGUGCAGUCAUCCCUGGCCACGUUUUGCGGGCUCCAGUUCGCCCAGCUGUUCCAGCUUAGUCGGGCCCUGGCCCGUGGCCCGCCAGGUGAGCGCGCGGCCGUGCGGCUGGAGGCUGCGGUGCCGGUGUUAGCUCGUGGCCCCACCUCGUCACCGCUGUUUGCCUGCUCUGCCCGACGCUGCGGCCGCCUCCACGUGCUGGCAAUCCCGGCUCCUGCAGUCCCCGGGUGGUACACUCUAAUACACCAAC